UUUAUACUAAAAUUUUAUAAAUUUUUUUUAAAUUGCUCUUUUAUUAGUUACGACGAUAUUCAGGAUAAAGCCAUUUUGCGAGAUGGCAUUCCCGUAACCCAUUCCGUUCAUGGGCUUUCCUGCACGAUAAGCGCCACCAAUUACGUGCAGCUGAUCGCUUUUGAAAAAGCUUUUGAAUUACAUCCCGUUGCAGCUAAAAUCUUAACUGAACAAUUACUGGAAUUUCACAGAGGCCAGGGAAUGGAUAUGUAUUGGAAGAAGAAUUUAAAGUGUCCAACUGACAACGAUUACCAGAUAAUGGCGGAAAGAAAGGCUGGUUGGCUGAUAAAAUUAAUGACAAAAUUAAUGAAACUAUUUUCCACGUGUGAAAUAGACUUAUCCUCGUUGCUAAAUUUAAUGGGGUAUUAUUAUCAGAUACAUAAUGAUUAUUCCAACUUGUGUAUUUGUAGAAUUCUCGAAUAA